AUGAUACCUAAUAACGGAUGUGCAAAUUGUGAUAAUAUAAUUAAAGGCUCUCCAGUUAAACAAGAAAAUCAAGAUUCUACACCAAAAAACUUUUGUUCAACUGCUUGUUUAAAUAAACACCAAAGGAAAGAACAAACCAAAAAAACUGUUUUUGGAGAUGUUCAAGUGGAAAAUCCAUUUUCUGUUCAUAAUAAUCCAGUAUUUGAUUGGGAUAAUUAUCUUAAAGAAACAUCAAGCACAGCAGCUCCUACUUAUUGUUUUAAACAGCAUGAAGUAUCUCCGGAAAAUGAAUUCAAACCAAGUAUGAAAUUGGAAGCUGUAGAUCCACGAAACAUAACAUCUAUGUGUAUCGCAACCGUCAUAGGUGUUGUUGGCCCCAGAAUACGUCUUCGUCUAGAUGGUGGAGAUAAUAAAAAUGAUUUUUGGCGAUUAGUUGACUCUUCAGAAUUAAAACCCAUUGGUUAUACAGAAAAAAAAGGCGGGAUGUUACAACCUCCACUUGGUUUUCGUAUGAAUGGUUCACUAUUCCCUAUGUUCCUAGUGAAAACUCUAAAUGGAGCUUUCUAUUCUCCUGAUACUGCUUUUAAAUCUGAACCAGAAACUCCUACUGACAAUUUAUUUAAAGUCGGUCAAAAAAUUGAAGCCGUAGAUAAAAAAAAUCCACAUUUAAUUUGUGUGGCAACUAUUGGUGAUGUUAAUAAAAACAAUAUAUUUGUUACAUUUGAUGGAUGGAGAGGUGCAUUUGACUAUUGGUGUUCCUAUGAUUCUAGGGAUAUAUUUCCAGUUGGAUGGUGUUUAAAAAGUGGACACCCACUUCAGCCACCUGGCCAUAAAGGAUCUCGUUAUUCAGGAAGUAGACCAAAUAGUGCACAGUCUUCAGCAAGUGUGAAACAAAAUUUUAAUGAUUCUAUAAAUUUAACUCCAGAUAGYGCAAGUGAUCUAGAAGCUGGUAUCCAAGAAUCAUGUUCUGUAUUUAUAAACCAUGAGUGCAAAUGUGGCCCAUUCAUGGAUUCUUCUAAAUUGUUUGAACUUCCCAAACAAUUAGGGCCUGGAUUAGUUCAAAAAGUUUUGAAAGACACUAUACAACAUUUAGUAAACACUGCACAUGAUAUUCAAUCAGUUACAACUUUGAUGAAGAAACAAGGUGAUAGUACGUGUACAAUAACAGCUACAUAUGAAGGAAAAUCUAGAGUUUUUAAAUUGCCAAAAAUUGAGAAAACAGAUGAGUUUUGGGAUUAUAUUAGAACUCUGUUAGAGGAUCUGUCAUGCUGCAAAAAUUUGUUAAGCCCUGCUUUAAAUGUUUGCUCUGAGUGUAAACUAGAAAAAAAUACCAAUGAAGUAAUAACAAAUGUUAGCAAAAGUAUAAAACGACAUGGUUCACCAGAAAGUUCGACUCCUGAUGAAGUAACAUUAGCUACAAAAAAACCAUGUAUAACUGAACCUGAAAUGGAAGCUGCAUCUUCAACAACUCCAACUGAAGGGCCCAUAAGAUURCCUGUAGACCCUAUAGAAUGGUCUGUAGAAGAUGUUAUUCAACACAUAAACUGUAUAGACCUACAAUUAAAUACAUUUGCUGAUCUUUUUAGGAAACACGAAAUUGAUGGAAAAGCCUUGCUAUUAUUGAACUCUGAUACAAUGAUGAAAUAUAUGGGACUUAAAUUAGGGCCUGCUUUAAAACUUCAAAAUUUAAUUAAUAGAUUAAAACCCCGAAGAAGAUAAAAGUAAAAAGCUCAUUGGGAGCUUAUUAUUUAAGGUUGAUAUAUUAUAUAUUAUAAUUUUGUUUUCUCCAACUAUUUUAAUGUAUUAUGAAUGAUUGGUGCUUAGGUAAUAGAUGUUUACUAUGAAAUUAAUUCACAUACAUUUUAAUAAUUUUUAAGUAACAAUACUUAUGUUUUCCUUAAUUAAUAUUUUAUUUUAUUUAAGGAAUUUCUAUUAACUAACUUUUGAUCAUUG